AUGGGUGCCUCUGAUUGGCUGUUCCUCCUUGGUGUCCUUUCAGUGGCGUGCGGCUCUGCCCCUGAUGACCCGUGCACCAUCAAAGCCAAGGACGUGGUGCUGGAGCCCCGCUGCGUCUACCGCGUCCCCGAGGAUGACGCCCCCGAUAAUUCGACGGAUGGCUCGGUCCCACCUUCAACUAACCCGCGCGUGUGGGAGCUGUCCGCCGCCAACGCGCGCUUCGCCUUAGCUCUCUACCGGCAGGUGGCGCUAGGGCGGGACCCCGACGCCAAUCUUUUCCUGUCCCCGCUCAGCGUGUCGGCCGCCUUCUCUAUGACCAAACUGGGCGCCUGCGGGCGCACCUUGGAGGAAAUCAUGAAGGUGUUCGAGUUCGAUUCCGUGACGGAGAGGACGUCGGAUAAAGUCCACUUUUACUUCGCCAAGCUGCUGUGUCGCCUGUACAGGAAAAUAGAUUCCAGCACGCAGCUGGCUGUGGCCAAUCGCCUCUUUGGGGACCGAUCGCUUCGCUUCAACGCCACCUACCAGAACAUCAGCCGCCAGGUGUACGGCGCCGAGAUGAUGUCGCUGGAUUUCCGGGCCCAGCCAGAAGCGUCACGCGCUGCAAUCAAUGCUUGGGUAGCCAACAAGACUGAGAACAACAUCCGGGAUGCGUUGCCUGCGGGUGCUGUCAACGCCGACGCCGUCCUGGUCUUGGUCAACACAAUCUACUUUAAGGGUUCUUGGCAGAAGCGCUUCCGCGAGGACGACGCCUACGAGGCCCCCUUCCGCGUGGACGCGUGGCGUUCGUGUUCUGUCACCAUGAUGUUCCAAGAGAGCACCUUCCGCUACGCCCGUCUGCCGGCGGAGCACCUCCAGCUGUUGGAGAUGGAGUACCGCGGGCGGGACACGGCCAUGACGCUGCUGCUGCCGGACCGAGGCCACCUGCUAGCGCAGGUGGAGACGGAGCUAAACCUCCCCACGCUGACACGGUGGUUGGAGCGGAUGACGGAGACUCGCGUGUCCGUCAACCUUCCGCGAUUCCGCCUGGAGGAGAGCCUUCGCCUGAAGGAGGCGCUCAAUGCGAUGGGACUGCGAGAUGUAUUUAGCCCGGAAAAUGCAAGUCUGCCAGGUCUCCUCGCCGACGACGCCGACGGCGUCUUCAUCAGCGACGCCUACCACAAAGCCUUCCUGGAGGUGAACGAGCUAGGCAGCGAGGCGUCGGCGUCCACCGGCGCGGUGGCGGCAGGGAGAUCCAUCAAGUUGGACGCGGAGGUCUUCGCCGCCGAUCGGCCCUUUUUGCUACUGAUCCGCGAGAAGACGCUGAACGCGGUCGUCUUCGUGGGACGCGUGGCGCGACCUUGCUAA